AUGGCGGCCCCACCAGAGAAGCCGAAGACAAAGUUCCCGAAACUCAAUCCUUGGAGCUAUGACAUCUUGAUCUGGUUCUUCACCGUUCUGGUGGACCUCUUCUUCAGAGAAGUCCAUCCUCGUGGUGCCUAUCGUAUACCGAAACGAGGUCCUAUUAUCUUCGUCGCUGCCCCCCAUGCUAACCAGUUCGUUGAUCCACUCCUUCUCAUGCGUUCUGUUAAGCUCGAGGCUGGCCGUCGAAUCGCCUUCCUUGUCGCUGAGAAGUCCAUGCGCCGUAAGUUUGUCGGAUUCUUCGCUGGAUCCGCUGGCGCUGUUCCAGUUUCACGUGCUUUGGAUAUGACGAAACCAGCAUCUGGCAGAAUCUACCUCCCAGAUCCAGAAAAUCCGACUCUUAUCCGAGGUGAGGGAACGAAGUUUACUUCUCAAGCAUCUCUUGGAGGCUUGCUUGUUCUACCUACGCCACCGAGUGGAGGAAGUGCUGCUAGUGCGGAAAUUGUCGAAAUUAUCAGCGACGAGGAAAUUAGACUCAAGAAAGGAUUCCCGGGCGAAGAAGCAAAAGAACAAAUCACAAGCAAAUCUGAAGCUGGAAUGGGAACAAAGUACAAGGUUGCUCCUAAGGUCGAUCAGAGUGAGGUUUACGAUGCAGUGUUCCAGAGACUCAAUGAGGGUGAAUGUGUCGGUAUAUUCCCUGAAGGUGGAUCCCACGACCGAACCGAAUUACUGCCGCUCAAAGCUGGUGUUGCUAUUAUGGCGCUUGGGGCCCUGGCCGCCAAUCCAGACUGUGACCUCAAGAUCAUCCCCUGUGGCAUGAACUAUUUCCACCCGAACAAGUUUAGAUCUCGUGCAGUCAUUGAAUUCGGCAGCCCUAUUGAGGUCCCCCCAGAACUUGUCAGACAGUACCGAAACGGUGAGAGACGCGAAGCGGUUAGGGUCCUCUUGGAAGUCAUCUACAACGCUUUGGUUGCUGUAACUGUUACAAGCCCUGAUUAUGAGACUCUCAUGGUGAUUCAAGCUGCUCGCCGUCUAUACAGGCCGACAAACAAGAAACUCCCACUGCCAUACGUCGUCGAGCUUAACCGUAGACUCGUCACAGGAUACACACACUACAAGGACGACCCGAGAAUUGUGAAGCUCAAAGAUCUCGUGCUGAGUUACAAUAAGGAUCUCCGCAUCUUGGGUCUUCGAGAUCACCAGGUUGAAUACGCCAAGUUCUCAAUUCCACAAGUCAUUGGUACUUUACUCUACCGUAUUGCGAAAAUUUCAAUCUUGGCUUUGGCUGCUCUCCCCGGCACAAUUCUGUUCGCUCCGGUAUUCGUUACAACUCGCUACAUCUCGCAUAAGCGGGCAAAGGAGGCUCUAGAGGCAUCGACUGUGAAAGUCAGAGCUAAGGACGUCAUCGCUUCCUGGAAACUCCUCGUAGCUCUUGCUUUGGCGCCCUCUCUAUACUCCUUCUACACCUUCCUCCUCACAUACUGGGCCUAUAGGCACCAUAUCUGGGGUAUUCUCCCCAACUGGGUUCCUCUAUGGCUUGUUGUCGUUUUUGGAUACUGUUUCUUCCCUGCCAUCACAUUCGCUGCUCUCCGAAUAGGUGAAAUCGGAAUGGAUAUCUUUAAGUCGCUUCGUCCACUAUUUCUUUCCCUCAACCCAGGCACUGCAAACACUAUCGUUAAACUCCGCCAGCGAAGAGAAGAGCUAGCUAUCGAAGUUGCGAACACGAUCAAUAUUCUUGGCCCUGAAUUAUUCCCCGAUUUCGAUAAUAAACGUAUUAUCGCCGACCCGUUUCUUCGAAAUGCAGAGAACGAGGCGGCGGCUGCUGCUGCUGCUGCCAGCGACCCGCAUACCCCUGUGUUAUCUCGACGUGGAAGCCAGAUCUCGGACAAUUAUGGCAGCAAUAUUAUUCCUGACUUGAAGGCUCCUUCGCCAACGGUUGCUGUGGCUAGCGGUCUGCCCAGAAACGAGAGUUUCGGAAACCUGGGAAGUAUCGGGCUGUUUGCAUCGAGGCCGGUGAGCAGAGCAAGAAGUAGGAGUAAUAGUUCUGGAGGAUUUCAUGUUAAAGCCUUUAGUACCAUGGACUCCAAAUCCAGCUUCGAGGAAGUUAACCGAAGACUCGUCGAACGUCGUAAGGAGCGAACCAGACGUCAAUCUGAAAGCGAAGAACUGGACGAGGAAAGCGACGACUCAACCGUCCACCUCAACAUUCGCCGUAAGAAGACAGUUUAG